AUGCUCAUGUCUUGAACCGCUGUAUCAAUGCAUUGCAUCGGAGGGGCAGGUUUCAAAACAGAAGCCAGGUAGACUGACGAAGGAGACGGGCCUGGUGAGGGGUGCCACUUGCGUACCUCUGUGAGCAAGACUGAGGACUGUAGCUGGACAACCAUGCUGCUGUUGGUGUGACUGCUGAUGUGUGAGGGGUCGGCAUGGCCCAUCCCUCGACCCACCGCCGUGGGGGCCUGCUGCUGCUCACUCUGGCCGUCGCGCUCUGCCAUGCAGCCGCAGACGAGCUGGCCGACGCUGCGCAGUCGGCCAGCGCGGCGCUGCCCGAGCUGCGCAUCCUCGACGAGCAGCACAUGCAGGUCAAUGGUAAGUACAUCGUGCGUGACCUGGGCUCCGACCUGGUGCUGACCUGCCUGCUGAACCAGAGUGGGCCGGCGCAGCCGCGCCGCCUGGCGCCCAAGAUCGUCUGGUACAUUCCGUCGCCUGCCAAGCACAGCAAGGACCGCAUCGUGGAGGAGCGGCUGGCCAACAGGGUGCGGCUGUCCGUGACAAACCUGAAGAGCCUGGACAGCGGCAACUUCUCAUGUGAGGCCCAGGUGGCUGACGAGCCGAUCCUGCUCAAGUCGUUCCACCUGCACGUGCGGCGAGUGACCUCUGACGGCUGCCCGGAGGGUCAGUUUCUAUGCCGCCAAGAGGGUAACUGCAUAUCGAAGAUUUUCGUCUGCGACGGUAUGCCGGACUGUGGAGACGGCCUGGACGAGGUGCUGGAGACGUGUGGAAAGCACGUGACCUGUGACGACACGGUGCGGCCGAGCGCCGGCGAGCUGCUCAAGUGUGCCGGGCGCUGCCGGCCGCGACACUACUGCUGCUUCCAGGGCAACUGUUCCACCGGGCACUACAUAAACGACAAUGAGCCGUGCUGCAAACACUACAAGGACUUCACUUCCUCCAAUCAGUAUAGACCGUUUGAACAUGACAAAGGAGUCUACGACCGAACCUACUUAGAAACAGCCAUCUACACGAUCAUAGGCUGUGCCGUCGCCUUCAUCCUCAUCGUGUCCAUCAUGAUCGUGGCCUUCUGCCGGGUGCACCUGCGCCAGUCGGCGCGGCUCUCGUCGUACUCGCACAUGCGCGCCGCGCGCGCCGCCGCCGCGCACCCGCCGCUGGCCGACUUGGACCACCUGAUCAUGGGCGGCGGUCACUUCCCGGCCUACUGCGGCGCCGUGCCCGGCCACAUGAUGGUCACAUACAACAUCAACAACGGCGUCCAGGUGAUGCCACUGAUCAGCCCUCCCAGCUACUCAGAAGCCGUGCGAGGAAGCCCAGCCGACCGGCCGAGCCCGGGGGCGGCGCCGGCGGGGACGGCGGCCGAGGCGGCAGCAACGCCGCCUCAGCACGCGGGCCCGCCGCCGCCGUACGCCUCGCGUGAGACGCUGGCCGAACAGGCGCCCACCUACGGCUCCGAGAACAACAACGGCGACAUCAAUGGCAACAGUGUGGCGGGCGCUGGCGCGAUUGUGGACCCGGUCCCGGUCGCUGUCCCGGUCCCGGUUCCGGUUCCGGUCCCGGUCCCGGUCCCGGACCCUGGUGCGGAUCCGGAUCCGAAGCCCGACGGCGAGCGGUGGUGAACGGUGUCGCAGCGGCCCGACGCCGCUCCCGGCCGGCGCCGCAGCCUGGUCGUGCCCUGUCGGUCCUGCUGGUCACGAGCGCCCCGCUGCCGCUGCGGUGCUGCGGCUGUCUUCCGCGUCCAAGGGACUCGUGCAGCGACGCAAACGCCAACUCUUCAGAACGAUUGCUCACGGGGCGCGUCGGUGGCUUGUACACUGUUGUAGGCAAUAACUGCUUAUGUUUCUAGCGGCAGCCAUUGUAAACGGUUCGGUUGGGCGCAUAUUGUCCAGUUAUGGAACUAGUGUAGUUGCUGUUGGCUACUGUAUCACAAUACUCUGCCGUCAGCGUAGCCUUGUAUAUUCCUAGUCCGACACUUUUCCCGUUAGUGAUGGGGGCUGCCGUUGCCAUAACGAGUGGAUGCUGUAAGCCGCGGAGUGCAGCCGACGUGAUAUUACAGCCGACGUUUGGCUCGCGUGACGCCCGAUCAGCCGGUGCCCUCGCGGAUCUCCUGUCACCUGGCAGGCACUGGAGGGGGGGGGGGGGGGAAGGGGGCGCAGCUUGAAACGGAUCUCGCCGGUCGCCGUCUCUGAUGCGGCCGGGGCCACGGACCAGCUGCGGAGGGGCGUGCGGGGCGCCGGCGACGAGACUGCGGCCCAGUCGGCGCGUGUGCGUGCGGCUCUUUCCCGCUCGUGUGUCCCAGCGGGCUCGGCCCCCUGCCGUGGGAGGAUCGUGUCUGUUUCGACACUCGGAGCAAUCCGCGGCACUCGCGUUCUCUCAUGUACUAACCCGGCACCGCUUGGGGUAUUCCACCACUAUCGGCCAGCUGGGGAGGGGUAACCCGCGGGACCUCGCGUGACAUUGGAUGGUGAUCUGGUGCGACAUCGUGUAGUGUGUUAACCCGUCCCGUAGACAGUCGCACCAAUCGGUGGAUGAGGUCGGAAGCGCCCAAAACGAGAAAGGAACUUGCAGGUUGUCCGUGCACAGGCAGAAAUCUCCGUGUCAGCAUUCACUGAUGACGCCAGGAUUAGUUGAUCUGACCAGCAUUUGCGAUUGCAUGUGAUACAUCAGUUAGCUUUCGAGAUACUGCAAGGGCGGUGGACAUGCUUAGCGCGUUUCGGAAGUUACUCCCGGAACGUGGCGGUUACUUCACCUCCAUCCCAGAUGCUCGCGAGUUACGAAGCGGAACCCGGGGGAUGCUAAGGCGUCGUGUUCGUGAAGCGAUGAGCCUCGUUUCCCAUGUAUCUUUACAGAGGUCCAUUCUUUGCGCGUGCAUUCUGCGUACGGCGCUCCGCAUAUCCACGCGCCACUCGAUCUUCCGGCGGUGCAUGCCCAGUGUUCUGCGUAGCUAGAGCUUGCCAAUGCCGGCCGUACGGCGGGGGAAGUCUGGCGCUCCGUCGUCCGCCCGACCGACUCAGUGCAGUACAAAGGCCGCGCCGUGUCCGCCGCCAGCGCGCCCGUCUGCCGGCCGUGUACUCGUGUCGUAAGGUUGUCAUGAAUAAUCAAACUGUCGUGUAAUGC